UGUCAAAACAAACCAUGGCUUUAACACGUGUGGUACUUUCAAAGCUGCAUGAAGAUCUUCCAUUUGAAGAAAAAAUAGAGCUUGUGAAUAAGAUCAGGAAAUCACCACACUUCAGUGCUAUCUGCCAGAAAGAAAUAAUCAUCAAUUGGAUAUUAGAUGCCAUUGAACAUUUUGGAUGUACAAUUUCAUCACAGUGUUUAAGUUUGUGGAGCAGCUUGCUUGGUAUUUUAAAUGAUGAAAACAACAAGCCUUCUGGCAAUUUUAUAUUACUAAAAAGUACUUCUUCCAAAAUUAUGAUUAACUCAUUGAAAGGUUACUCCUAUAAAGAGCGUUCUGCAUCUGUUAUUGUCAUGUGCAUAACAGCAUUUCUCCAAACAUCAUCUGUAAAUAAUAUAUUUAUUUAUGAUAGAGAAGCUCUUCUGUCGUUACUUUUUGCUGCUAUUGAUAUAUUAAAUAAGAUUUAUGAAUCAGAGGGAUGCUAUUAUGAAAGCUUAAAAGAGGUGAAAAAUUUAGCACUUACCAUCAUGGAUAUACUUGACAGUUUAGAUCAUUCAAAUAAGAAUUUAAAGGUCAGUGCAUUUACUGAAGCGCUGGAAGACAUUGCUGCUUAUAUCUAUUUUGCUUCAGAUGAUAUUCUUUCGAAUAAAUUGGCACAUAAAUUGGUUUCUAUAAUUUUUAAUUCCCAGAGCAAAUUAUUUGAAACACUUCUGGCAUCUGAUAAAGAUGUGCAAUUUUAUUCUGAUCAAAACCUUGACAUUUUAGAUUUCUUUGUGAGUCUCCAGAAACUUCUGUGUAAACAGAUAACUUUGUAUUGUGGUGUACCAGGAAGUUCAAUAAGUGCACUGCUUAUGAAGAAAUUGCUGUCUGUGUAUUUAUCUCAAGACAGAUCUGGAUUGCGUUCAUUAAAAGUUUUGGCCCUGUUUUGUGCAGUCUCAGGAUUUGAUAUUCCUUUGCUGAUUACAGCAGAUUCAUGUUGCUAUUCAGUUUUUCAGAAAGCUGUUGGUACGCAUUCAAGUCUGUUUGCUGUAAGCCAUCUUCUUGAAGUUUGCUCUUCUUAUCCACAAUAUUUUAGUUCGUCUUCAACCCCAGAAAAUUACUUCAAACCUGCAGAUUGGUUAAAAGGUCUUCUUACUAUUCUCCUGGAUAUAAAAGUUGAAGGUAACCAUAAAUGUAUUUGGUUACAAUGUUUUCGCUUCCUUUUAAAGAUAACACCAGUUGUGGUACAAGAUUAUGUUACACCUUUGAUUAAGACAUGUCUUCUGAAUACAUCUGUGAGUACUAAGAAAACCAGGAAGGAAUAUUGUGAGCUGUUCAGUUGUUUGCUGCAUGUGCAUUCGCAACUUCACCAACUACCUAAGUUUUUUGUAAAGCUUUUACUAGCAUUGACUGAAUGUGUAAAAGAGGGUAGUGUUGGGAAAUUAGUAAGAAGAGGACGGUUGCCUAUACAAGUUUUAAAUUCGGUUGCACUUCAUGUACAAGAUCUUCCAUUUGGACAAACUAUUGAAUUAUGGAAAAUAUUCUCUGAAACUUUUACCACAUUUGGAAAUAUGACUGAAGUAUUUGCAUCUGAUAAAGGGCCUAUCUUGUUUCUUGCUCUAUUAUUUUCAACAUUCCUGCUGCAUGCAAAAUUAUUUGAUCCUACUGUCCCUAAAAAUAUAUAUAUUAAAUUCGGUGACUUAAUUAAAGAAACUGAUCAAGAGAUGCAGGAAAAUAUUUCAGUUUUAACCAGAACAGACGCUGAGGUUGAUAUGUAUAGAAGGUCAUUUUUGCUUGUAUGCUAUGCUCUUGGAGAAGUGAAACUUGCUUACUAUGCUUGCAGUGAAGAUGCCUUAGCUAAAUCUUUAACAUUAAAGUUUCCAGAUGACGUUAUGGAUUUUUCAUUAUUGCAUAAUUUUUUAAACAAAGUUCAUUCUGAAGUGUUUCCAUUACAUUUCAAUGGAUUGGAUAAAUGUCUGAGUUACCUUAUUUUUAAACUUUUGGAUCAAAAAAUCAGAGGCUUGAUUCUUAAGGGUACCUUGACAGAUGUUGAAAGGGACAAUUUAAAGAAGUCUAUUUGUUUCUACAUGCAUCAUCUUUAUGAGAAUUUAAAUAAUGUCAGUUCAUGGGAUUUUGAUAUCUGUUCUUUAAAUACUGACAAUUAUGGCAGUGCUAUUAUUAGUAAGUUUAUGAAGUCACUUCCACUAAUUCUGAAUAGCAUACCUUGUAAAGAACUGAAAACAUUUUGCUUUCAAAUUCAGCAGCUCGUUAUGCAAGACUGUUGUCGAUUUGAAGACUGUGAAUUACCACUUGAAGCAAAUCCAGUGUCUGUUGUUUUAACAUCACUAAAUAGUGAAAUUCUAAGAGAAUCCAAAACUUUUCAGACUGUUUUUGUUGGUACUUUGUGGAAGUUAGACAUGGUUAUAGAUACUAAAAGAAAACAUCAUGAAAUUGAUUCGGAAGGAAAUGCUGCGAGAAAGGUUGCUGAUCUUUUGAGUAUUUUUGAUUGCAAAUGGCUGAAAUAUGCUAAAACUACACCAAAAUGUCAGAAUAAAGAUAUGAAUAACCUGUGGAUUAAUUUGAAGAAUAUCUGUGACUGUUUGAAUAGCAUGUUGACUCAGGAACCACUUCCUACAGUGAAAUUAAAAUUAACUGCAUUUAACAUAAAAAAGCUUAUUAACUGUUUGCCUUUGGAGUAUUUAUUUCCUGCUAAUCAAAUGAGAUGUAUUAUUGGGCUGUCAUUUCUGUUGUUCAUGCUCCCAGACAAUCACAAGAUUUGUGAAGCUAUGCCACAAGCUGAAGAAAUAUGUGGAUUCUUAAGUGCUAUAUUUGAUGGAGUGCGAAGUGUUUGGUUAUUUGAUUUUGUAAAUAAUGGUCUGUACUUGCAAGCAGUGAUAAAAACACUUGAAAAGUUGGCGAGCAAACAAAAGCAAGUGAAAGACUGGACAUGGAUGACACAAUUCUUCAGUCAUAUUAUAAAUCUAAGUGCGAGGAAUGUGGAAUCUCUCAUGUCUCUUGAAGACUGUUUAUCUAAGCUUGAAAUUAAUUUGGAAAAUAAAGUCACCAUUCUUGUUAUCUGUGUGCUACAACAGGAGCUGGCAAAGAUUAUCCAGCGAGCUUAUCUACAAGAUGAUUACAAAAGAAAAAUUGAAUCGAUAGCAUCUGUAACUUGUUCACAUAUUGUUAAAUGUUUAAAAUACAAUUCUUCUGAAUUACCAGAUGACCAGAUGUACAGUCUUCUAAUUAAUUCCUACAUGGAAACACUUGAAAUUAUGACAUCUGCAUCCUGCCAUUUUGAUAAAAAUAAGAAACAUGAAUGUUUGAAACUUCUGCCUAAUAUUUUUAAAAAUGUUUUGGAGAUAUUACAAGGCCAGGUCAGUGAAUAUAAAGAUGUGUACUUACAAUUUAUUUCAAAGAUCUGUACACAUAAUAAAGAACUGGAUAGUUAUGUUCCAGAAGAUUUCAAAGUGCUUGCUUGGAAAACCAUGUUUCUCUACUUUAAAGAAAAAGUUGAACUAAUAAAAGAAUCGAAUUUAAAAAGUUCACUUCAAGGUGUUUCUACAAAAAAUUUACAAUCUUAUACCACCCCAAAGAGUUCAGAUAAUAGAUUUUGUAAACAUGUUUGUCCAAAAUAUGUAUAUAAUUCUUCAACCAAUCCAAAUUUACUUGCCACAAGUCAUUUAAUACGCUUUCAUUUGAAUGAAUCUGAAAAGAAUGUUCUAAAAUCCCUUUCUAGUAUUCUCACUCAGGAAGAGCUGAAUGCUAUUUUCCAAGAAAUGAUGAAUGAAAUGGAUAACUACGAAAUAGCACUUUUAGAUGUUCUCUAUUUACAACUGAAGUUAGAAAUUAUAAAAAGUCUAAUUGAAGUUGAUUAUUCUCAACACUUCUCUUCUUUUUCUAGUUCAUUGCAAAAGUGUGCAUCUUUCCUUCAUUGUAUUGUAAAUGAGGCAUGUGAUUCAACAGUGUGCUUGCAUCUUGUUAAAUUUCCUGUUCUGGAAUUUUUACAUUUCAUUUUGAAGCAAGAAAAGAUUCGCCUUCCCAGACAGUGUGCAAUUCAAUUUCUUCAUUCCUGUGCGUGUAUUGAGCUUAACAAGCAAGGAAGAGAGCUUAUUACUUUCACCAGGUGCUUUAAUUAUGUAUGGGAUAUAGUGUACAAUUUACUCGUAUAUUACCCGGAAGUAGUUCUGACAAUAACAGCAGAUUAUCUCUCAUUUGUUACUAAUCUGUUGAAGUCACUUGUAUUAAUAGGAGAUCAAGAUAACAUACGUACUUGUAGCAAAGAUAUUCAACAGGAUAUCCAUUUAUGUUCACAGAACAUGGAUAGGUUGCUGACUGUGAUAGCUAGGCACAAGACUGAGUUCUGUAAAUUAGUACCAUAUAUCAUUGCCGAUUAUGUUGAUUCCAUUCAGCAUGUAACAUUAGACUCUGUUAUUAAAAGCUUUCUUGUAUCAGGUAUAAACAGACUACUUGAUAUUUGCAAUGAGGAUGCUCUCAAGAUGUUAUCAGUUAAUAUAAAUCAUAGCUGCAGAGAAAUUUUCAAGAAUUUAGUGAAGAAUUAUAAGCAGUACAAGUACAGCGGACAAAUUUAACAUCAAUGUUUAGACUUGUAAAAUAUUUUGUAAAUUUUUAAAUACUUAUUUGAAUAAGUGAAUAGUAUUAUUUUCUUAUGGUAUGUAAAUAUAUGAGGAAAAUAAAUUUUUAUUAAUAUAGA